AUGAUCUCUCGCGCUCGCAGGGCCUUGAUAUCGCUCGUUUUUACACCUUGGGUCUCAGCGGCUCCUGCUAUGCAACUCUCGGAGCUGUCCCAAGUCGAGUCGCUUCCCGCGAUAUGCAACUUCGAUUUGAGCACGAUUCAGCAUGACCUGUGCACACUCGUGCACGAUCUAGCGAAAGUCGUGGAAGAUGAAGCUACUUUGACCUCGCCUUAUAGCAAUAGCAUUGAUCUCGGCGAGCACUUGGGGAAGAUGUCGAGUACGAGUUUGUUUCUCGAAGACGAGAAAUUCCCAGCCAAUGCAGAACGCCUGCAGACGAUGUCUGAUACUCCGAUUGCUGGCCGAAGGCCCAGCCAUGAUCUUACGUCGGACGCCGGGCGACUCAUAGUCAUUGAUCAUAAUAUUCGAUCUCCCGAUGUCGGGGGUCUUGUGAUAAACUUUGUAUUUCUGCCUAGAACGCACACGGAUGAACUCGAUUUCGUGCAUGUCAGUGGUUGUGCUCGCCGCUUGACAUGGGAGUCACUUCAUGCAUGUGAUCAAGAGCUUGUGGAGUCUUGGAAGAUAGUAGCUUCAGAUAACGGUCGUCCGAAACGAUAUGAACUCCUGCAAGAGGAAGGGCUGCUCGGGGGCAAAACCAAACGGAAAAGGAAUGUGGACACCGAUAAGAACAGCACCAUUUUCAAGAAUGGAGAGAGCGACGCAAGCGAGACGGACAACGAACACUCAGGAGACGGGCGCACGGGUCGUAACGUCGAUACGGGCAGUGACGAAGGAAAUGAAAACGAAGGUAAUGAUGAGAAGUCGGGUAACAGCAGCCCAGAUGAGAAUCCUACCGACGAACAAGAUGGCGAACAGAAGUUUAUUCCACCACCAGAUCGCAACUCGUGGUCACCAACAACUAUCCUACUUGUGACUAGUUCUAUCCUGAUCGUUGCAACAAGGUUGUUGUAUGCCCGAUUGCGGGGACUGGUCAGGUCAUACCUGAAGCCAAAUCGCUUUCGCGUUGGUGAGACUAUGCUCUUGCGCUGGGCACAUGAAGAUAUGGCCUUUGAUGACGAGGAAGAGGAUACCAUGGUCAACGGGAUUGUUGCCACAGGCGAGGAAAUUCCAUUGAAGCCUAGUCCUAGAAAGAAUUUCGUCAUCCAGUAUGGUAGCGCACAAUGA